UGUGUCGAAUCAAAUAGAAAAGUGAAAAUGUACGGAGUGAGUACUAUGGAUGUUUUAUUCAUGUUUAAAAUGGUGAGGAUCACUUCACUUUCUUCUAUAAAUAGAAGGCUUCACUAGUAGAGUCGUCACAAGUCACAACUCAUAAACAAGAAAGCAAUACAACAUAUCAGACAUGAUGAAGUGUUUAUUGCUAUUAUGUCUGUGUUUGCUUCCUUUUUUGGCUUUUUCAUCAAAUUUCACUUCCGAAAAUCCCAUUGAGUUGCCCACUGUUACUUCUGUAGGGCAGCGAGUAUUUGAUCCUCUGGGUAGAGCAGUUGAAACUCGUCGAAGCUACCGCAUCAGUUCCUCUCUUUGGGGUGCCCUAGGUGGUCAAGUGUACCUAGCUACGACCCCAAAUUCAGCUGCCCCUUGUCCAGAUGGCGUCUUCAAGUACAACUCCGAUAGUGGACCUAGAGGUACACCCGUCAGAUUCAUUCCCCAUAGAAGUAUCGGAAAUCCACCUGUCCUCCAUAUAAAUCAAGACUUUAACAUCCAGUUCACUACAGGGAAUUGUGAUAGUUAUACAGUCUGGAAAUGCGGAGACUACGAUGCGUCUCUAGACGCGACACUGUUGGGGACGAGUGGAGGUACGAUAGGCCAACGAGACAGCAGUUGGUUUAAGUUAGCGAGAGCACAACAAGGUUACCACUUGUUGAAUUGUCCUGGUCCUAUUGCUUGUCCAUCUUGCGUUCUUGAAGGGUGUCGACAAGUGUGGGCAAUUACUAUGCCAGAUGGAAGGAGGCGUUUAGCUCUCGCCAGACGCCAAGAUCCUCCUCAACAGCUCCGCUUCCCUCUUAGUGUCAACUUCGUUCGCGCUUAGCUUUAUAAAUAAACCUCUGCGCUAAGUAUGUUUUAGCAAGGCAAGGCUACAUUAUUUCCUUCUGGAAUUGAUUAUUUAAUUUGGAGUUAUUGUCUUUAAGCGUUUCUAAAAUUAGAAUGUAUCGCAUAAUAAUGUUGCUUGUGUGAAUAAUGUUUCAUAAGAAAAAAAAAAAAAAAAGAGAAAAGGGGUGGAUCAAUGAACUUGGAUGGAUCGUAUUUUUAUGAGUUAAUUUUAUCAUAAUCAACAUUUGAAAUA